AUGGGGAACUGCAGUCCUGACCUGGAUGAACAAGUUUUAGACUGUCAUGGUUGUGUAAGCCCACAGUUCGGGUUGUGGUUUGCCUUCCAGUCUUCACUGAGUUUCAGCCUGGCAAUCCACGGAGGAAUUCCAGUCUAUGCCCGCGUGCCAGGGAUCUACACUUCUGCUAUUACUGUGCUGAUGUCUAACAGCUAUUCUGCACAAAGUCCAGAUAAAUCUGUUCUGACUGUAAAUCCUGAAACAUCACCGAUAUUCAGAGGAGAGACUGUCACUCUCACAUGUGACGUACAGGGGACACGAGUGACAGACUGGACAUACAGAUUUCACUGUGAUGGUCGUGUUUAUCAAGACUCUAAUGAGAAACAGUUCAAGUUUACUGCAAGUUACAUCAGAUACAGUGGAUACAGUAAAUGCAGGUGUAUCGCUACAAGAACAUCUGGACAAAUCGACACUUACUUGAGUGAUGAAGUGUCAUUUCGUGUCAUCGAGAGACCAAAACCUGAAGUGCGUGUAAAUCCAGAUCAUCAUGUGUUCAGAGGAGAGACAGUCACUCUCACAUGUGACAUACAGACACAAACACACACUGAGUGGAGAUACAGCUGGAUUAAAGAUGAUUCAGUCAAUCCAGUCAACUCUGAAUCCAGUGAUGCUGCAGGAACUAAAACAAUCAGAUCAGUGAAAGUCUCUGAUGGAGGACAGUACAGAUGCAGAGCACAAAGAGGAAACUACGACACACAGUUCAGUAACACAGUUCAAGUAACAGUUAAAGACUCAAAGCUCAAUCCUGAACUCACAUCAGAUACUGCAGGAGCUGCACUGACAGGAAACACGGUGACUCUGAUCUGUCACAUGACUCAGACCGCUGGAUGGGACUUUUACUGGUACAAACACACACAGAACUCUGAGAAAAACAAGACAGAAACAAACUCCUACAGAGUCCAUAUUGAUUCAGUGUCUGAUGGAGGUCAGUACUGGUGUAGAGCUGGAAGAGGAGAACCAGUUUACUACACAAACUACAGUGAUGCAUUGUGGGUCAAUGUCACAGCUCAACGUCCCUCAGUGUCUCUGAUCAUCAGUCCCAGCAGAAGUCAACACUUCUCAUCUCACUCUCUCUCUCUGAACUGUGAGGAUCACAAUAACUCCACUGGAUGGACAGUGAGAAGAAACACAGACAGUGAGAGAAUGAAAGAUUGUUCAUCUACAGGAUCUACAUGUGAAAUCAGCUCCCUUAAAACAUCUGACACUGGAGUGUACUGGUGUGAGUCUCAAUCUGGAGAACACAGUCCUCAUAUUAACAUCACAGUACAUGAUGGUGAUGUGAUUCUGGAGAGUUCUGUUCAUCCUGUGAUUGAGGGAGAUACUCUGACUCUACACUGUUUACAUCGAUCUACAAACUCCUCAAUCCUCACAGCUGAUUUCUAUAAAGAUGGAUCACUCCUCCAGAAUCAGACGACAGGAGAGAUGAGCAUCCCUACUGUCUCAAAGUCACAUGAGGGUUUCUACUCCUGUAAACACGGAGAGAGAGGACAGUCACCCGAGAGCUGGAUCUCAGUCAGAGUGUCAGCACAUCAGAUUCGUGUCUUACACACUCUCAGUUCUCUUCUGGCAGUUUGUCCAUAUCUGAUGGCGACAGUCGUGCUGGUGUUCAAAUGCUACAGAGCGAGAGUUUCAUCUGUUGAAGAUCAAAGUCAGUUUGCAGUAACAGAGGAAGAAACUUCAAUCUGAAUCUCUUUAAAAACGUUCAGAAGACUUUUCUUACAUUCCUGUUCAUUAUUUCACCAUGUUUCAUUUGUUGUAGAAUUGAUUUCUCAUUCAUAUGAUUUUAAAACAUUGUAUUUUGUGUUUCUGCUUUUCUAUGAUUUCUAUUUGAAUCUUUUACUUGAAUAUUUCCUGUUUCAUGUUCAAAUAAUGAAUAAGAGCAGAAACACUUUAGUUUU